UUUCCAUAUUUUCUCUUUUCUUGUCUGCAUCCGCCCUUUCCCUUGCUUUCCUUUGCCUUCAUCCUUAUUAUUACCCUUGCCCCAUCUGAGACUAGAUUGUUAAACCAGAGAGGCAGGGUUAGGAUAAUCCCGGUAGACUCGGGCACGGGGGUGGACAAAUUGCAGAACAAAUACAGACGGCAGACAAAGCCUAAGCUGAGGGACUUCCUAGACGACGAGGAAGAGGACACGGUGAUCCUGCGCAUGGCUCGAGCCUGCGCCGAGUCCCAAUGCAGCGCCGUCGAUCAAACCAACCCCAAACAUAGCGGCGUCCCCCCUCGCCCGGUCGAGGCCCCCUACCCGGAAGGCUACCACACUAUCGACCGCCGUCGGCGGAGGAAAAAGUCCCGGGACCCCGAAGGGUUGUUGGCCGUAGACCCAGAGAAGCUCAGAGAAACCAGCCCAGACCGGGAUGUCCUGCGGCAGAAGAGGGGCGAGCUGGUCAUGAUGAAAGUGGCAGAGAUCCAGGAGGAGGAGGAGCAGAUGACCCCGUGUCUCCGGCCGUACGGGAACGGGCUUCUGUACAAGACCCGGAUGUGGGCAAAGAACGAGCUGGAGCACACGUUGGAGAACUACAUGGCUUAUAAAGAGCAAGAAGCUGCCAGACUCGGGGCAGGGUUCAGCUAUGAGGACUUUAAAGGCCCGAACAGACACUACCCAAUUGAAACGGAUAUGGAAGCCAUUGACUUUUUGGCAGAUGACCUCCAGUUGUCAAACGACAGAGGUCAUGGCCUGGACAGGUAUUCUUUAUCGUUUGGACAUCCCGCAGAUGCUCCGCAUUGCCAUCUGGAUAAGAGGGCAGGUAAAGGCAAGCUGGGAGGAUGGACUCCGGAGGCCCUGCUGUCUCCGUUGGAGGAGCCUGGCGACGAAUUUGUGGACCCAAUGGAUGAGCUGCAAUGUCUAGUCGAAACCGUUUCAGAGUACCUCGCGGAAAAAGAGGAAGAAAUUAGCAAGUACGGUUCCCUCCCAAGAACGAGCAAAUCCAGACUGUCAUCAGUCGGAAGCAACCGGACCGACUCCCUUGGAGAUGAACCAAACGGCUCGCCGAAAGAUCUCAAAGCUGAGACUCAAACGCAGGCAAACUCUGAGCCAGGAAUUUCAGGUGUUAAAAACGUUGUGAGCUCUUUGUUUAGUUCCAUCACAGAUAAAGUUAGUUCCGGUCCAAAACUGCAGGUAUCUGGUUCUGUAGCACCGCAAACUGCUCAGCCCCCACAACCAUCUAGUAUCUCCAGAUUUUUCUCCUUUAUUCCAAAAUCAACCAGUGCAGCUCCAGUAGCUAUGGUAUCCCCAGUAGAAAAUUCUCCAGACAAAUCUGUGAGUUCUCUUCCUUGUGACGUAAAACCUCACAUUAAUAAUGACAGAAACAAUGCUAAAGUCAAUUCUCAGAGUGAAAUUAGAUUGGUUGAGACAGUUCAAGAAUUUGCUGAUAAACCUCAGCCUGAUACGGGGGGGACCGUUUUGGGGAAAUUGAACCCGUUGAAGCUGUUUUCUGGACCUGAUGCACCAAUGCCAGAUAGAAAACAGCCGCCACUGAAGAAUGGAUUUCAAAACAAUGCACAUGGGGAUGAAAAACGUAUGAACGGAGGCGAACAGACCAGAGGGGAAGAAAAACACAAAGAGACGAUGAAACAAAUUGAUGGAGAAAGAUGGAGGAAUGAGAGACAUAACCAAAUGGCUUUCAAGCAACAACAUUCACAAGGAUCGGUGCCCGGAAAGUCAACUGUGCAUUCCGAACCGGUCAACUCAACCUUCUUUGGCCUGAAGGCCCUAAGCACAUUGUUAACACCUGCAGCACCUAUUCCUCCUCAGGGUCCACCACCAGUGGCAGUCUACCCUGUGUUUAGAUCAGCAGAAGAUGUCCGGACUGUGGAACAGCCAUCCACCUCCAGUAGUAGACCUUUCGGUUCUUCUGGAAAUGUAUCCCAUCCCCAACCCCCCAACGCAGAGGGAGGAAUCCUGUCAGGUUUCCUUAAGUUUGCAUCCAGUGAAGAUGUUAGUGCCCGAAACCCAAAUCCCCCGACUCCUUUACCAUCAGGGAUGUCAGAUCCUUCAACUCAUACUUCUUCUAUUACCGUCCCAACAUCGCAACCACAGGGAAAUACAGAGACUGGUUGGUUCUCAACCAUCUUUAACACAAACUCUGCUCUCUCGACCCAGAACAUUCCCAGUGGUCAACAGCAGACCCAAAUACACCAAAUUCCAGCAGGCUCGCAUUCGAUACCCUCUGCGAACCAUAAACCAUCAGCCACAUCUCACCACAUGCGACAGCAAGCUCCACCACCACCACCUGAAUCCCAAGGUUUUUUAACUGGUCUUUUUAAAGGAAGCUCCACGGAUGACCUGUCUCGUACGGGAACCAAUCAGGCCCAGCAAGGGGGACUUCUAUCUGGGAUUCUUAAGUUUGGAUCAACAAAUGACAUAUCUAACAAUUCAAACUAUCAAGACCCCCUCAGAAAUCGACCGCCUAACAAUCUCCAGCACGUCAACCAACAAACUCUCCCUCAACAAAACCCCCCAGCCUCGGGAGGCUUUCUCUCAGGUCUACUGAAGUUUUCAUCAAAUGAAAAUGUAUCACAAAACCCCAUACCUCCUCAGGGUCCACCACCACUGUCUCCUGUUGGUAACCAACAGGCCACUCAUCCCUCUCCCCCACAACAAGUACCAUUACAACAAGGUGGGCUCUUCUCAGGCUUGUUAAAAUUUGGAUCAUCUGAGAAGGUGACCCCGAGUCCACCAGCUCAGUCUCAACACCAACGGACUGGUGAUGCACAUUACCAACAGAACGACCAUCAACAAGAAAUUCAAGGUUCAAAUCUUCAUACUCCUUUGAGGGAAAGUCAAACCUUUCUGCAACAAACUAACAAACUGGACUUCACUCGACAACAAACAUUUCCAGUACGCACACCCCCAUCCAACCAGACUGUUCCGUUAUCUGGGCUCUUCAAGUUUGCCUCUGCAGAUAAUGUUUAUGAACAGUCCACAUCCACUCAACAAAGGUCCAUGGCACAAAGUCGUUCCAGCCAGGGCGAACAGAUGGCAACAAAUAAACCAAAAGAUGACAUGGCAGCAAGACAACGUCAACCUAGUAGAACCUUUUCUGCACAGCGACAGGCAGAACAGCAGAUUAACCCCCUCCAAGAUAGUGAGAAUGUUCAGACACAACAAGGGAGCACAAGUCAGCCUGGAAUACUCUCGGGUAUGUUUAUCAAGUUGAAUAAACCAACUGAAAAUGUUGGCGUCAUCGGGCAGGGAUCAGCGGGGCAAGUGCCGCAGCCAAGAUCGAGAAUGAACCUUUUGUCAAGACAGUCCCCGAUUCAAACUCAGGGACCUUCCCUUGAUACCGAUCAGUCUCUUCAACAACAGAAGGUGGAGCAAGACAAUUAUCCUGCACAGCCUGCUAAACAGCAAGGAUUUCUAUCAGCGAUUUUCAACAAAAUUGAAUCCAGGGAAUCUUCACAACUUAAUCAAGCAGAAAUAGCAGCUCAUGGUUCAGAGAAAAACAUUGAAAGAUACUCUUCUGGAGUGCUUCCAGAAAUAAAUAAACUUGCUGCUUAUUCUGAAAAAGAUGACAGACAGAGCAAUGCAUUUUAUUCCAACCAAAGCAGACAUGCUUUGGUAAGAGCCCCUGUUUCAAUUGACAGAGAGAGUCUGGACCUAAGGACCUCAGCCACUUUUUCUAGAUCUCCCCAGGGUCGAGAAACGUACUCCUCAGUCAGCACUGGGAAUUUAGCACAGCUUUCAUACUAUCCAGGAUCCCUUCAUUAUGUUCAUGCAAUGGCGUACAGCACCAGUAAUAUCCCCUGCCUUUCACAGGGCUACUCAAAUCCCGCUCUCGUACCAAUGGAGCAAUGCAUCAGGGGAAGCAGUUCUUCUUUGUAUGAAGGUCAGCUGUCACCGUAUGCAAUAAGCCCCACUUAUGAUGAUGAAAAUCAUUGGAUCCAGCAGUCUGCUCUUUGGCAGCAGUUUCAGAGUGAGUCCCAGAAUUAUCAACAUGUCCCAGACCAAGUUAAUGGACAGUGGAGCCAAAGGGAAUCAUUACAGAACCUCUCUCUCCAGUGUAACCCCUCCAAUAUGAACCAGCUUAAUGCAGCUCAACUGCAACCAAGCCAAGGAGUUAAUUUCCAACCAGAGCAGCAUGAGCUUCAUCAAUUCCAAGGAAGCCAAGGUUUCAAUAAUGACCCAUAUGGCAAAAAUAAACCGUGGAACAGCUAUGACGACUUACAAUAUGCAAACAGGGAGGAGAGUGCAUUAAACUUAACUACAAGAGAGGGUAAUGGCAAACUUGGGAAAUGGCACUCAUUUAAUAAUGAUAGCUCUUACAGUCUAAGUGGAGUUUCAUACCAUGAAGGUUUUUACGAGGAGACCCCACCAAGCCUAUCUUACUCUGCAAAUUGGCAACAUGGAACCAAUGGUUUCCACAAUGUCCCGGCUAACGGAGUGAUUCAUCAGAGCAAAUAUAAUUCAAAUAAAACAGAAUCAAGUUUCCCUCCACGUUCCUCCAGUGAGUUUGAGGACCCUGCGUAUCUUGAAGAUAUCGAGUGGUACCAGCAAUGGCUUGCAUUGUUGGAGCAAGGCAUGUGGUGGCCAGCAGAGGAAGGUGAUUGUGGCUACUUCGUUUACACCGACCAUGAAUACAUCUACACCUUGCUCACCGAUGCAGCCGGGGAGUUUGUCUACGCCUGCGCCCCUGAAGGAAAGCCUUUGGAAGGUGUGCAGCCAGUGGAAGGCUUUCCUAGCGCUUGGUUGGACAACGAACAGGUGUCGGUGUGUGGCUUUAAAGUUCCCCUGUACAAUGAAGACGAGCUUCUCUGGUUACCCGGACAAGACCAGAAUCAUUCACAGCUUCUGAAUGCACCAGUAGAUUUAUCAGCUGCAUAUAGAAAGGGAAAUCAGAUCAUGAAUUUGAACCUUGAACGUUUCUCGGAAAUGUUUGAAAAUUCAUUUGCGCCGCAGGGAGAGCUCAUUGGAGACCUGGCAUCGUACAGCUUGAACAAAGUCAGGAUGGAUCCCAGACAGGCGAGAUACAUUAAUGAGGACCCCUACACACAAGUCAUGGACCUCUCCUGUCAAAAUAAACAGUACUCAGGCCCUUGUUGGAACAAUCAAGAAACAAAGAGUCUUCUUGCCCAAAAGGUUGCUGUUUCAUUUAGCUCUACCCCUACAGCAUGUCCAAAUCAGCAGUUCCCUAACAACUGUUAUCAACCUGGCCAACGGCGACGGUCAUCUGGUGCUGUGACUGUGAAGCACAUAAAAGAUACAUCAGAGGAGGAAUGGAGGAAGAGAGUUACCCCCGGUCAACAACAGCCUAACCGUGGACACAUAUCCUCUCUUAUAUCAUCCUUUGUGACAAAGUCAUCCCAGCCAGACUCUAGCAUUGUCUCCCAAGAGCAGCAAGGAACAGCAAGAUCGAAAUCCACUGAACAGCCUAAAAGCAUUAUAUCUUUGGGUCUGCAGAGCCUUAGGUCAAAGAUAGUUAAAGAUGAUUCUACUACCCCUGUGGCACAACCACAAAGUGCCGAACAAAAAUCUGAGAUCACAUCUACCCGUCGCUCAAGAAUGUUGCCCACAUCUCCAACAGCUAGUCAAAUUAGUCCAACUCAAGAACCUUCCCAGACUACUGCACAGAAACCUAGACUUGCACGACAGUCCACAAUGUCACAGCAAGCGUCCCCAGUGGUUCAACAACCGGUCUCUGGACCAUUUGGCUCAAGGGAUUCCCUAAACAAAUCUGGACAACUGACACAGAUGCAACCAAAGCCAGCUGAAGUAAUCAAAGUAGAGAAACCAAAGGAACAACCACAAGCAGGAUUUUUGAGCAUGUUCAAGACUGCAGUAGGAAUAGAAGAACCCAAACCAGAGCCCCCUGAUCAGCAGAAUAAAAUUGGUUACACUGGUACCUUGCCUGUCACAGCUAACACAGAGGCGACAGGAGUAUCAAAUCUGUUUGGAUCCUUAGGCAGCCUUUUUGGUUCUGACACCUCAUCAACAUCGCAACCCCAACCAAAACCCACUGUACCGGAGAGUUCUUUGACAACGGCAUCUAGACCGAAGGGUUUACAGCGACAACAGACAAUGGAUCAGAGUUCAUCCUCUCGGUCAACUCCGAUUCAGCAACCAAUCAAAAGUGUUUCACAAGUAUUUACUUCUAAUUCUGCCCAAGGUCCUGGGCCAGGCAGAUCCCAAACAAUGCCACCAACAGGACAGACCAAACAAGAACCAGUACCCAAAUCAACUGGUGGACUGUUUGGGUUUUCCAUUGGCGAAAUGCUGUCAGGAACAUCUCCAGCUGCUCAAGCUGGUCCGUCAUCUUCAGCGGUUGCAGCUCCAGAGGCUCCACAAGAAGAAUCAAUUGGUAAAAGCUUCUUAUCCUUAUUUACUGGCCCGAGUCCUGCACAACCUGCUUCUAAAACUGGGCCUGCAUCACCAGCACCUUCACCAAAUGAAGCUUCACGGGCUGCUUCACGUCCUGCUCCCCAAGCUGCUUCUCAAGCUACUCCCCAAUCUACGCCCCAAGCUGCUCCUCAAGCUACUCUCAAAUCUACUCCCCAAGCUACUCCCCAAGCAAAUCAAGAAGAAUCACUCGGCAAAAGUAUAUUAUCAAUGUUCAGUGGUCCGAGUUCCGCCCAGGCUGCGCCAUCAGCUACAACACCUGCUGCAGGCACUAGUCCCCAAGUACCUCCGCAAGAAUCUUUUGGUAAAAGUUUAAUGUCAAUGUUUGGAAACCAAAGUCCCAUCCCGGCCCAAGCUCAAACCAAGCCUAGUGCUGAACUGCCAUCCCAAGGGACUGCUCUGCCCAAGGAGCCGGCCAGUACAGGAUUUCAAUCCAUGUUCAGUGGUCCCCAAACACAGACUGGUUCUAUACUUGGAGGGAUUCUGCCAGGUGCCUCUGGUUCAAGUCAAUCACCAGCAAAGGGAUUGCUAUCAAUGUUUAGUGAGCCACCUCAAACAUCGCAUACCCCACCUCGGCAACAAUGCACGUCUCAAUCACAAAGUGAAACACAAGGUGUACAACAACCACAACCACAAGGCCAACCACAGGGGCAGCAAGCCAAUUCUGUCCUCGGGGGACUUUUUGGUGGCUUGUCGACUUCCAAUGAAAGUCCAGCGAAAAGUUUAUUCUCAAUGUUUGGUGGUCCAAGUCCCGCCAAACCUCCAGCACCUGGAAGCACCGGUACUUCAACUCCGGGAGCAGGCCUAAUGUCCAUGUUCACGUCUACUUUACAACAAACUUCCUCACAAGUAUCAGAGGUGCCAACCACCAGUGAUACACUGGGUAAAAUCUCAACUUCAAAUGAGCCUGGUCUUGCAUCAGUGGAACCACAAGUAACACCGUUAAUUGACUCUACUGGGAAGCAAAUUACAUCUGCCAAUGCGACCACAAUUAAAAAGGAAUCAACCCCAGAGCCCACACCUCAGGAAGGGGUUCCUCAUAAACCACCAACUUCCUCAGAAUUGAAUUCCAUGCUCGGCAGCUCAAGUCUACAGGCCACACAUGUGCAAGCUGGAUCUGGCAUUGAUGUUCCAAAAGCAGGACCAUCGCCUGCAAGCGAGGCACCUAGACCACCAGCCUCAAACGAACCUGCUAAAGGUCUGUUGUCCAUGUUUGGAGGGCCUGCUCCUCAAGCAACCACUCCCCAAACUGGGGGGUCUUUAUUCGGGGGUAUGUUUGGAGGCUCCGGUCCACAGGCAGCCACUCCACAAACCGCUGGGUCUUUGCUUGGAGGUUUGUUUGGGGGAAGUGCUCCAGCUGCUUCCAGUGCUCAAACUGGAGGAUCUGUACUUGGUGGGAUGUUUGGAGGCACCGCGGCCUCCACUGCCACACCACAACCACAGACUGGUGGAUCCAUAUUGGGUGGAAUGUUUGGCGGAGCUACCUCCCAAACAACAGUUCCCCAAACGGCCGGUUCAUUACUUGGGAGUAUGUUUGGGGGUUUGACUUCCCAGCCGGCUCCUCCUGGAGCUCCCUCUGCACCAGGGGAAACCCCUGUUAAAGGCUUGCUGUCAAUGUUUGGAGGACCAAGUCCAUCUCCCACAGUGACUGAACAUCUAAAACCCACUGAGAGCCAAAUACCAGAUACAUCUUCUGUGGGCCAAGAGAAAGACAGUGCACUCAAACAACCUGACACUGAAACUGCAUUACAGGCAGCAAACUCAACUAAACCUGAGAGUAACAUUUCUAUUGUUCAGGAUACUGACAAGCCACCUGAAUUAACCGUUGAUGGUCAAUUUAAAGAUGUACAUAUUGGUACAGCAACUGAACAACCAGUCAAGCCAGAUGAGCCAACUAAACCAGAACCAAUGGUAGACCUAAGAAGCGAGAAUCAAUCGCCAUCAAAAUCCAACGAGGCAACGCCUUUGGCUGAGUCAACCAUUCCAGUUGUAGCACAACAAGAGAAGCCCCCAGAACCAGAUAAAUCGAUGCUUGAUUCUUCAGCUGAUGCAGUUUCAGGGUUUAUGUCCUCACUUUUCAAACCGGCAACUGCACCAGUUACUCCGCAGCAGCAACAACAGCCAAAACCUUCUAGUGUAGGAGGAGCAUCCCAACCUUCUCAGACGGGGGGAUCUUUAUUGGGUGGUAUUUUUGGAGGAGCCACCAACCAGAACACAAACUCUGGGUCGUUACUUGGAGGUUUAUUUGGUGGGACGGCUCCACAGGCUAAGCCUCAAACUACUGGACCUCCGACUGGUGGUUCUAUACUAGGGGGGAUGUUUGGAGGACCAACUGCCAAACCUGCAGCUCCCCAGGCCGCAGGAUCAAUGCUGGGUGGGCUCUUCGGGGGCUCCUCUGCACAAACACCAACAGCUGCAGCUGGUGGGUCUCUACUGGGCGGAAUGUUCGGAGGGGCGACCGCCCAGACCACAGCGUCCCAGAUUGGAGCAGGCCUUGGAGGAAUUGGUGGAUCCUUAUUUGGGGGCGUUGCCAAAGACCCACAAGGACCAAAACCAGCAGAGACCAAGAUAACACCGGCAGCUGCACCGCCGAAAGAAAAUAAAAGUGAAAGUGUGCCACUCAAAAUAGAUCAAGUUAGUACUGAGGCUCAGGAAAAUAUACAGAAAGAAGUAAGUGAUGUGGUUCCUCCAAGUGUUAAUAGUAAUCUGGCUGAUGCCACUGUGAAAGAAAAGAGUGAUAUCGAAGGGGAGGAGGUAAUACAUGAGGAGCCUAUUCUGAUUAUUGGUGAGGCUGAAAAUAAAGACUUGGACAUGUCAGCAACACCUGAUGUCCAAAAGGUAGAUACUGGGAAAGCUACCGUUGAUCCGGUCCCCCAAAAUCCAGACCCAUCUCAAGCCAAGUCCCUAUUUGGCUUCAUGUCAACACCAGGUGAGGCAGGGAAAUCUUUGGGAUCUCUUUUCUCCUCCACACCAGCACAGACUGCAGCUUCCCCCUCAACGCCCCAGUCAGAUGCAGUCAGUGGUCUGUUCUCAGGGUUUAAAACCUUAUCGGCAGGGAUAUUUCAAGAGGAAAGUCCGGCUGCAGAGAAGCAAGAGCAACCGGCUGCCACCUCCACCUCCUUGUUUGGAGCCAAGAUCUCUUUCCCCUGGCAGACGGAGCCCUCAAAACCCCCUGCUCCCUCCGUCAGUACACCCCAGCCAAGACCUAGUGUCACCAUAACAAACACUCAGUCUGUUCCUACUACUCCUGCUGCCCAGAGGAAGGAACCGGUAGGUAGCCAGGGUGUUAUAGCCCACCCCCAGAUUUGCCUCUCCACUCCUGAAGUAGAUCCUUCAGCUUCCCCCUCCCAAAAGGAGCAGGAAGGUCUUGUAGAAACCCCUUCUUCCGCGGGCCCCACUUCUGGAGUGCAGCUGGACACCCUGUCCAAGACGGAGCUAUUGAGUGCAAAAAGGCUAGUAAAAGCAUAAUAAAUGGCAAUACCCAUUUCCUUACCAUUUAUGAUGCCUUGGUGAUAUUUUAAAGGCAUUCCUUGUCCAGUUCUGCAGUCCAUCUGUUUGUUUGAGUUUUGUGUGUAGUUCUGUCGCAUUGUAUGUGUUCAUGUUUCAUCUAUAGAUCACCCUUUAACAAUGUCUCAAAACUAAAUGUACACGUGUAUACGUCAUUUUAUCUUGGACAAAUAAGUAAAACACUUUCUAGAGUCACUUGACUAAUGCCAGUUAUUGGUAAAUAACAUAAAAUAGCAUCUUUGAGUUUCAAAGAUGCUAUCGGUUUUAGUAAAGUACUCUUUCGCUAAUUCUGAAACAGACUUAUUGGUCAUUGAAACAUUUCUACUUGUGUUCUAUAGAGAAAGUUGUUAAGACUGUCCGAGAUUCUAUGAAUACAGUGUACGUUUUUUAACUUAACUCAUCUCCUCAUUUUACAAUUCCUUCUCCAUUCUACUUAAUAUUUUAAAUUGAGUGUAUGGAUGUUCGAAAUCAUUGCGAAAGAACCUGAACCUCACAUAAUAAGCUUUA